AUGGAGAAGAAUCUUCUCAAGAAAAGCGAUCUAAAACAUCUUUAUGACAGUGUUUUGGAGGAAUAUCUUACCCUCAAUCAUAUAACCUCAGAGGGAAAAUACUUCUCCUAUUAUCUUCCCCAUCAUGCAGUCAUAAAGCCUGAAAAAAGAACCACGAAAGUAAGAGUUGUCUUCAAUGCAUCAAAGAAAUCGGGCACCGGCAACUCGCUUAAUGAUAUUCUGCAUACCGGGCCGACCCUACUACCCGAUUUGAUGCUACUAGUUCUCAAAUGGCGCACUUACCAAUAUGUCUUCAAUGGUCAUGUGGAGAAAAUGUAUCGCCAAAUACUCUUACACGAAGAAGACCAAGACUUUCAAAGACUUAUCUUUCGUGCAUCCACAGGAAGUCCAAUACAAGACUAUAAACUGAAAACCGUCACAUUGGGCGUUAAUUGUGCUCCCUAUCUAGCCAUACGCACUCUCCACCAAUUAGCACAAGACGUAAAAAUUACCCAACCCUUGGCUGUGCCCCUAUUAACCAAAGAAACCUAUGUGGAUGACAUCCUAUCUGGGAGUCAUGACCUGCUCACUCCUACCCAGGCUCUUACCCAAAAAUCCGCCGGUUUUCCCCUGAAAAAAAUCGCUGCCAACCAUCCUAAUAUCCUGAAAGACAUAAAUAAGGAAGAUUUGCUGGACACCAACUUACUCGAGAUUGAAAAG